UGACAGUCACCUCAUCCUGUCAGGGACAUGGACAACGCAGGGCAGCUGACCAGCACUCAACUGUGAGAGAUAGGUUCGCUCCGGCUUUUUUUCAAAAUUGGCGGAUGGAAAAUGGAGCUCAAGGUAAAGUUAGAACGAUAAACGCCUCAUCUCGCGCCUUGGCCAAAAGUCGAGAGGCGCGGGGUUUCCUUGCUGCUGCACCACCUCUAUCCAACGGCGCAAUUCGACGCAUCCAGCCUAAACGCAUUGGCAUAUUCAAACUCUACAAGUUUUUCCAAUAUCAAGCGAACGAUGGCCGACGCGACCCAGAAAGAGGAGCCGUGGUGGGCAAGCUUCCCUGAGCCUAAAGCAGCAUGCGAACGCAUCGAAGCGUCCACGGUGAAAGACAUGAUCUUGGCAGACAAAGAUUCUGGAAAAGGGGCAGCCAGGGAUUUCCUUCUGGUUGACGUACGCCGCACCGAUUACGAAGGUGGAACGAUCGCCACGUCCAUCAACUUGCCUGCACAGUCCUUCUACCAAACACGGCCAGUGACAUAUCAGCUGUGCAAACAAGCAGGGAUCAAAAAGAUCAUAUUCUACUGCGGCAGCUCGAAUGGCCGCGGCCCAAGGUCAGCCAACUGGAUGCAGGACUACCUCAACGAGGUCGGCGAACAGGACAUUCAAGCCCUCAUUCUGACCGGCGGAAUCAAAGGAUGGGUCAAAACGUACGACGGCGACCUCAUGGACUUUUACGACGAAAAGGUCUGGAAGCAACCGCCCAGCUAAUUCGCUCGGGUUCGCUCUGUUGAGAUGGGUAUAUCAUUCUCAUAGUGUAGCGCAGCUUGUGUCAUGAAGCCGUUCCAAAGAUCAAAUGCCCCCUUUAUCCGCAUAAACGCCAAGUACAAUUUUGUGCUGUCAAAAUCCCCUCGUAGGCGCCGCCCUAUCGGUGAUGGUGGUGUUGUCUGUCGUCGCCGCCGAUCCUCUCUAGUGCUUCAAGCAUGACGACCGAGUUACCGCGAAUGACCUAGAAACGUCAGAACC